GUCUAAGGCAGUAAAGAAUGUGAAUUGAGAUGUAAACAGUAAACAUUACAUAGAGGAAAAUAAACAUUUUUUCCCAACUGGAGAAGUAGGAUCAUCAUAACACUGUAGAAACCUAUUGAAGAGUACAACCUUAACAAAUGGUAUAAAUUUGAAUGGGGAGCUAACAUUGAAAGAUGCAAGUAAGACAGUCAUUAUCCAGCCACAACCAACGACACAAUCUCUGAAGGAGCGCACUUCACAUGCAUGAUAGCCACAAUAUUGUAUUGUAUUAAUGCUCAAUUUAAAAACAGAAAGGAAGAACGAAAAGUAUUCCCAUUAACCACCCUUAUAAUAACGAAAAGCUUGACAAGAUCAAGCACUAAACAACCCCUUCAUUUCUUUCCUAUUAUAUUAAUAGUAAUGAAUAACAAACUGGGUUCCAAUCCAAUCCAAUCCAUCAUCAAUCAUGAAAGCAAGCAAGCAGCAAAAACUGAAAAGCAAACCUUGAGGACGGCGGGUUUGUGAGAGAGGCCGUAAGGGAGCGUCUCGAGGUCCAUGACGCGGCGCGCGAUUCGAAUGGGCAACUCCUUAUGGAGAAACUGAGCAGAGAUCAGGAGGUUGCGAAGGGAUGGCUUCGAACCGAAUUCCAUCAUGUAGCGCAAGCUCACACCGUUCUGCUUCAUGCAACCCCAUCUCUGCACUUCCUCGGUCAUGCUCUUCCCCAGCGUCUCCAUUGCCUUCUUCCUAGCUGCCCCUGCCAUGGCAAUGAUUGAUGAUGUUGAUAGGUCGCUACUUGCAAGCAGUUCUGGAGCAGCAGCAGGGGAGGAUGAGGCCGACGGCAAAGAGAAACGACGACAUGUACAGAGCCCUAAACCAGAAAUCCCAAAGAAAACGAGAUGAUGAAAUCAAAGAGAAAGAGAGCAGUAGCAGAAGCCUCGCUUCCUUCUCUUCUUCCGAUUCGCCGGAAAUGGUCGCCGCCCGCUCAGUUCUAGCUCUAGGGUUUUGGGGGAAGGGAAAUGGGAAAUCGAUCGGAAUCGAAAUCUGGAGGAGCGAGCGCAGAGAAGAGAAAUUUGGGAGGGAGGGAAGGAGCAAGGGGAAAACCAGAGGAGUCGGAAGCGAAAUAGGCAAAGAAGAAAAACCACUCAGAAUAGAGAGAAAUGACUGGUGGCUGUAGUCGAUUCUCUUAUCAGAAUACGAAAGCGGUUUUAAUUAUUUUGGUUUUGUUCAUUUAUUUUUUUCCGUUGGAUAUUUUUUUUGGCAGAAGAUAUUUUUUAUUUUAAUUUCCGCGAAAGUGCCUUGCUUUACGCACCCUUGGAUCUCAAUCCUACGGCUGAGAAAAUUUGAAGUUGGCGAAAAUAAAAUUUCUGUCUUUCUUUUGUAUGAAAUUAGAUUUGUGUUUCGACCAAAAAAAAAAAAAAUAGAUUUGUGUCGUACACAGAGGAAUUCAAGCAUUAAAAUUUUCAUAUUGAAAACCAUCGAUGAUAACUUAUUAACUUUAGAUCAAAUUCAAACACCCUCGUUGUAGCAUCUUUUGCACAACUUAUAUUUUUUUAUGAAAGUGCAUUGAAUAUUGAUUAGUUAAUAAAAAGUUAAACAAAUG